AUGACAGAUAGUAUCGUCGAUCAUCGAUUUGUACAAGUCUAUAACGCCUAUGAAAAUAUAGCAUCGUCUAAUUUGGAUAAUCAAUUUUGGUCAUUUCUCAAGAACUGUUCUACGAUUGCUGCAUCCCAUAUAUGUGAAAAAAUAGUGCUUAACCAAGAUCAUCCAUCACAAUUCAUUCAAGGUAUCCAAAAUCUUAUCUUGACGUGCACUGAUCAUUCAACCAAACUCGAUGUUCUCUUACAUACUUUAACUCGUCUACUACUUGCCAAUUCCUCAUCAACUAAAAAAGAAUUUCAAUUUCACCAUGUUAAUAAACCUAUCCAUCCAUUCAUCGUCAUCUUGCGUGAAAAACCCGAUUUAUAUUUUACAGUUUUAGAAGAAAUCGAAUACUUUUUAGAACAUAGUGAAACAAUAGUUAGCUUGAAGCCAGUAUUUAAAUCCAUAUUUUUAGUGGAUAUAAAUUUAUCAAGUAGUGCUCUUUUGAACCGUUUAAUGACAAUCCGUAACGCUGAGAUUGAUCAAGCCUUGUCCGAGAUUCUUUUUAUGUACCCGCUUUAUAAUGAUCACCAACGUUAUCUUGAGCUUGUGGACUUCUUUAUGACUUUUAAUUCACCUGAUGUCUUGUUGUAUCAUGUCCUGGAUCGUCUUUUGACGACAUUUGAUAUCACCUAUUGUCCUUUAUAUGCAUAUUUAACGCGUCUUCAACAAUUGAUAAAUAGUGUUGAACAAGAUGAAGUCACGUAUGAUCUUGUCUGGGCAGCUCUUUCUUAUCUUCUUGUUAGAGUUGACACUGUAAAGGCACAAUGCAUGAUUAUUGACUUGAUGAAAUCCUUAUUUAACAAGCAGGAUGCAAUUGUACUUCGUAUUGCUUAUUUACCAUUAUACCAAGUUUUGUCAGAGCUAAAUGAUAGACAUAUAAAGACAAAUGAAGAAUUAUGCAAACUAAAGCAAGACCUGUUAGAUAUGAUUACUUACCUCGAUCAUUCUACUAUUACUAAUCUAACUACUGAUGAUAGUCAAUAUAAAUUAGAACAAUUAAGGAAUAUAGCAAAAAAGUACAAAAUAGUUGGGUUAUUAGGUCAUUUCUUUGUUUAUUUAAAUGGCUUAUAUACCCAUCAAGCGCCUAUUAAACCUAAUAACGAUACUGAUCUUAUACUCUCCGUAUUAUUCACUACUCCUUUAAUAGAUGGCUCAUUAAAAUAUUAUUCAGAUCUUACUCAGUUUGUCAAUAGGUUAUCACCUCGAUACAAUUAUAAGUUUCCUUUCUUACUCUUCCUUCUUUACAAGUUACGUUCAUCCAAUGCUGAACUUACAGUGCUUCUCUUCCGAGAUCUUAUUCCUUCUUUAGCAGAUCCUAAAGAUACUACGAUUACAUCUAAAAUUUUACAACUGAUCUUGUCUACACAACAGCAAUCCAAUAUGAUGUCUGUAUUGGGUAUUAAAGCCUUAGCUCAUCUUUUCCAAAUUCAUCCUCGUGUUUGGCAGGAGUUGAAACGUAUCUUGACUGAUUGGGUAUCUCAACGUAAAGCAGCCUCUGUAGACCGUUUCAUGAACCUUACCUCUUCUAAAACUCAAUUAUCGAUCAAAUUAGAAUUAGCUAUUCUAACAACGAUGCGUGAUGUGUGUCGAGACCAACCACGUCUUUGCUGUCCUGAUAUUCUCCCUCUCGUUAUCUCCCUCUUACAGACCUGUAGAGACUUGAGCUCAGCUUCACUCACUCUUCUCAUGACGACGAUCAAUCAUUGUAUCAAGGCUGGCUUUGCAGAGCCUAGAUCCAUCUGGACCAUUGCUGUCAUGUAUUUAGCUCAAUCAACAGGGAAACAAUGGAUGACACGUCAAUUAUGCGACUUUUACUCCAUUGUAGGACGUAAAGAAGAUAUAUCAGAAGCCUUUUUACAAUUUAAAUCGACUGUAUUGAAGGAUUAUCUGUUGCCUCUUUUGUCAGAUGAGGAAGCAGCUGAGUAUGCCAUCAAGUCCCUAGCUGAAUUCCCUGCUCAGGAUAUCAUGAGUGUUCUACCUGAAAAGGCACCCGAAUGUGUUCAAAUUCUGAGCGAAUUUACGAAGGGUGGUGACCUCGUAUUAGCUAAACUCAUGUCAAAUGAACUUGAUCAUAUGCGACGUGGCUUGUUUAAACAACAAGACACUGUGAAGACUCAUACUACAGAAGAUAUUGGAAGACAAUUAUUAGAGGUUUGGGAAACCGGACGAGUCCCCCCUGGUUUAAGAUCAGGCUAUACAAUGGCAGUCUUACAGGCCGUUCAUCAAGAACCCAAAUGGUAUCGUUUUAUGGUGACGGCCUUUACAGAUGUUACCUUGACGGAUCAUUUAUUAUUACGUCUAUCGAGUAUUGAUAUGUGGGAGUCCUUUUUUAGACGAAAUGCGUUAGAGGAGUUCAAGAAGGAUGAAGAACAAGUAGCGAAUUUAGUAAAGGAUUUAAUGGUAAGGUUAGAAAAGAGUACGAUUCCAGGUGUGACAUGUAAUAUUAUGCUCGCGAUAACAGGUCUUAUCAACGUGUUACGUACUUGGUCACCCUCAUUUGCUACAUCUUAUGCAAAUGAUAUGAUACAAACUCUUUUAAAAAAUUAUAUUAAUUUAUCUAGUUCAGCUUUAUCUCAUUCAGCUCAUUUGAUGAGUGAGGAAGUCCAGUUUGCAGCUCGAUUUUCAUUAGCCUAUUUAGCGAAAGAUCAAGAUAUGAUACAACCCAUCUUGUUCGAUAAAACAAAUCAAAAGAUGCCACGCAAUAUUGAUACAGCCCUUGAUUUAAUUCAAUUUGCAAAUGGAUAUACAGCAGGACGUUUUAAGAUCACAGAUGAAUUAAAGACCUUAUCUGAUGAUAGUCGUGCGAUAGGUCUCUUGAUGGGUCUUGCUGCAGCAGAUCCAUUAAAUAAGGAGAGUAUUCAAUUUGCCGCUGAUCAACUUGGAAAGUAUCUUGAAGGCCAAGUCGUUCAAAAGGGAUUUAUAUUUGGUUCUACCUGGGUUUGUGCAGCAGCAGUAAUAGCAGCAACAAUAACAACAACAACAACUAUUCAUGAUCAUCAUCUCAAUGAAGAGUUAUCUCAUUUAGUUGAAUCAGCCAUGACAGCAGCCUCUCAAGACCCCAACUUGGCACAGCAUUUUUAUCAUUUUAUUAUUCCUUAUACGCAAAUUCAAUAUCAUACCUUUGUCUUGAAAAAGGAUGAAAGAAUAUGUGAAGAGGCAAUGAAACCCUUAUUGUCAAGUAUCAACACAGAUGAUGCAGCAAGCCAUUAUCGUAUUGCUAGUUUAUUCGGAUUAGCUUCCUUAGCGGGUAUUCGAUACGUCGUGGGUCAUGAUGUCAAUAGAGAACAAACGACUAUACCUUCCUGUCGUCAAAGGGUAUUAUUGACUCUAUCAGACUUGGUCUUUAAGAAAACGAUGGGUAAUUUAAAAAGUGGACGUGUGGCAGCUGCCAUCUAUGGUAAAGUCCUUGAACAAUCGAUACUUACUACCAUGAAUCAACAACAACAACAACAACAACAUCAUCAUACAAACGAACCUGCUAAUUAUAAUAGAUUAAAUCAAAAUACAAGUUAUUUGAGGGCUGUCUUUGAUCAGCUGGUAAAGUCGACAGAUCAUACUACCUUGUGGAGGGCACUGAUUGCAACACCAGGUCCUUUGCCACCCGUUCAUUGGCUCCCCUUGUUAUCAUCCACUUCUAAUGACGGCUUGAUGUUUGCAUCGGUUCAUGCAGCGACUUCGAUUUCAUUAUCAGAAUACUUGAUAAUGAAAGUUGAAACAGAAUGGGAUGUGAGUGAACAAGUACUGGGCACAGUGUUAGAAUUAGGAGGAUUACCAAGACUUGAAAAACAGCAACAGCAACAGCAGCAGCAGCAACGACGUGGUAUGAAUGCAGUUGUUAAAAGGGUUCAAUUUUCUGAAAGUCGAAUGCUAGAGCUGAUGACGGCUUUAGGAGAAAAGUUUAAUGAAUUUGAUCAAGAGAAACAGUCUAUUCUGUUGGAUACGUUAAGAAAUCAUUUAGUUUGUAAAGAUGAAAGCAAAAAAGCAUUCAUUGAAUCGCUUCAACAAGUCGUUUAUGAAACAAUAACAAAAUCACUUUUUGCAAGCGAAAAUAAACAAGUGAUUUUGUGUAAAGCGAUUCAGUGCACUGUAAAUCAAACGAUGGCAUCUAUAGACGACAAGGAUAUCAGUUUAUUAAAUAGAAUAGUGGGGCUUUGUGAAUGUUAUCGUUUGUUGCAACAACAAUCAAGUACGACAGUGAUGAAACAUAUUGUAUCAGCCAUGAUUGAUUUAAUAUCAUCGUCAUCUAUCCAUGCCGAUUUCACAGGUUGGAAAGUGAUUGCCGAGUUGAUUCAUGAAGAGCCACCAACAGGCAUUUUGAAUUGGAUUCUACGCUGUUUAGAUGCCUUUGUAGUCUAUCUGACUUCAUCCUCUAAAAGAAAAUCAAUCAAGGAAAGUCUUGAGAUAGGAUUGCAUACCAUCUUGUCCAAUACCAUUCUAGUAGAUCAAGAUAUUCGAUUUGCAGAUACAAUUUAUCUACUUCACUAUUAUGUCUAUCAUACCAGUAACACUAAGGCAGAACAAGAACAAAUUAUCAAGCGUAUUUUCAAGUUAUUAGAAACGGCUACAGAUGAUGAUACUGGUUUAAUUUAUUUCAUAAACAAAAUUCUUUUAACAUUACCCCAAUAA